AACUAGUAGCUUCCAAAAGGAGAAAGAAUAUAAAACUAUAUUCAACCAUAGUUGUAUAUCAAGAACCAAACCGAUCAUGUCUCACAUAGCUGUUGAGAGGAACAGAAGAAGACAGAUGAAUGAACAUCUCAAGGUUUUAAGGUCGUUGACCCCUUGUUUCUAUAUUAAAAGGGGAGACCAAGCAUCAAUAAUAGGGGGAGUUAUAGAAUUCAUCAAUGAAUUGCAUCAAGUUCUUCAAGCAUUAGAAUCCCAAAAGAGAAGGAAGAGUUUAAGCCCUAGCCCAGGUCCGAGUCCAAAAACACUGCAGCCAACACUUCAUCAAUUUGAUAUCUCCUCCGGAGGAAUUGGGACUAAUAAUGCUUUCAAGGAACUAGGAGCAAGCUGCAACUCUUCAAUUGCAGAUGUAGAAGUGAAAAUUUCGGGUCCAAAUGUGAUUUUGAAAGUGAUUUCUCAAAGAAUUCCUGGUCAAGUUUCAAGGAUUAUAACUGUUUUAGAAAGUCUUUCAUUUGAAGUUCUUCAUCUUAACAUCAGUAGCAUGGAAGAGACCGUUCUAUACCAAUUUGUGGUCAAGAUAGAGCUGGGAUGUCAGCUAAGUUUGGAGGAGCUAGCUAUGGAAGUACAACAAAGCUUUUCUUCAGAGGCUAUGAAGUUGACUGCUGUUUAACGAGAUAUUGCAUUUCAAAAGAGACUGUAUCGAUUUACAAUCGUGUACUGUUGUCAUAAAAUAAAAGCAUGUGCGUGACAUGCACAGAAACUACUUCUCCAGUUACUAUAAAUAUAUUAGGUUAUAAUUGUGUCAUAAACUUCAUGACAAUGGAAAAUUUAAUGUUUCUCAAUAUAUGGUAAUAUAUGCGUGCGUGUAUUAUGUUUUUGCUUAUGAUCUGAUUCACGUACUCACUCGAUGAUACCAAUAGAAAGUAUGUAAGUUUAAAAAUUAUAUUAGAGUUGUGUGCAUUUCUUUUCUGUA